CUUCAGAUCUACGAGUACCGGAAUGGUCACCAGGAGGUGGAGAGCCCCUUCCAGGGCCGCCUGCAGUGGAACGGGAGCAAGGACCUGCAGGACGUGUCCAUCACUGUGCUCAACGUCACGCUCAACGACUCUGGCCUCUACACCUGCAACGUGUCCCGCGAGUUUGAGUUCGAGGCACAUCGGCCCUUUGUGAAGACCACGCGGCUGAUCCCCCUCCGAGUCACCGAGGAGGGUGAGGCCGAGGCAGAGUCUAGGGUGCCCUGCUGUGCAGGGCAGGGGUGGGUCAGCAGGUGUCCACCUAAGUGAGACCCUUGGAGAGCGCAAAAAUGCAUGUAUUUGGAGUGGUUGGCGUCUAAAAAUAUCUCCACUGGCCCAUCGUCCUUUAGCCACCAGCUUCCUGCAAACUGCUUGACAGAAAGGCCCUGGGGCCGUGU